UACCUCCUCAGUCAGUCAGUCAGUCAGUCAAACAAGUCUAACAGGCAAUGCGGGCCCACAUAAUACCGUGGCUGCCGAACUCGCGGUAAAGUAGUUUGACACGCACGUGUUCGAACCGGGUAACGACACAGUGUGUCUUUCUUUAACUGUUUUUGCGGUUACCUUUUUAAAUUGAAGAAAAAGAAGCGGAAAAGAAAGAAAAAGAGGAAGCAAGAGAGAGAGAGAAAGAGAAUGAGGAAAGCGAAGAUGAUACUAAGAACAGUCCCUGGGGGCAUCGUCCUUUUCCUCCUACUUAGCGGAUCGAUCGCUGCUCAGGACGACGAUUCUUUGGCUGGCAGUUUCUUGUCAGGUCUGUUAGAUUCCAUAACAAGUACAGCGAACAGUGCAGACUGCCCAGGUGUGUGUGUACACGCAUUUGCAACGUUAAUAUGUUACGAAGUUCUUGAGCAUGUAGAGUGCCCUACUAGUAUGCGAUGUUGUAUCGAGGCACCUAUAAAUGGUACCGGAACUUCUGAAAGUGCUGCCCCUCCUCACGACGAUGACUCUACUUCAACUAUUAUCACUACCGUUAAGACAACGACAACUACGAGCACAACAACACCUUCAACAACUACAGCACUUACAACCGUACCUUCGACAACUUCCGUAAAAACUACUUCUGAAAAUCAGAAAGAAGCAGUGAAUAAAACAUCAUCAAAAACGUGUUCAGGAAUUUGUAUGGCAGAGAGAAUUGCCGAUUACUGCGAUGCGGUUCUGGUAAUAGACACCCUUUGCAAGCCAGGAUAUAAAUGUUGCGUAUCCAGAGAUGCGUUUGGGGAUUCACCUCCGCCAGAACUACUAGUCAUUGACCGAACAAAUUCAAGUCGCAUCGAUGAAAAGACUGGUCUCAAUACGUCUUACAAAGGUUCUUCACCUUUUACGACUGUAAGAUCAAAUAUGAUUACUUCUACGAGCGUAGCUAGCACUACGAUAGCAACGACUACUACGAUAGCGAAACAACCAACAACUACGACAAGACCAAAGAUUACGGUGAGAAAGCCGUGUAAAGGUGAAUGCGUUAGUGGCUUCUUCGCUCUUUUAUGCGAUAAAGUGGAUGGAGAAGCUGAAUGCCCUGAUGAUGGAUCUUGUUGCGUUAUCGACGCUUUCUUAAAAACUGAAACGACAACAACAACGACAGUUGGACCAACCACGAAACCGCCGGAACCAAAAUUACAACCAUGUCCCGGAUUUUGCUUGUUAACCAUUAUGGCAGCCUUCUGUGAACGGCCAAACGCAAUAAUAGCGAAGACUUCGACUUGUCAAUCCGGAUAUAUUUGUUGUGACAACACGAAAAGCUCGCCGCAGACACCAAGGCCAAGGCCAAGGCCCACACCGAGACCAUCGAUCACUACAGUUUCUUUACCACGAGACACACGCGCAGAGUGUCCUGGAUCGUGUAUUGUUUCCUAUUUAUCAUUCACUUGUUUCAGAAACGCUGAACUGACGAAUUUGUUUAAAUGUAAGAAACAAGGGCAUCAAUGUUGUGCUCCAAAAUCAUUGAUACGAGAAAUCAACGGUGGAAAUUCUAGCGAAGCAAUUUUGACUAAUAGAAAUGACACCAUGUAUGUUACUUCAAGGCCAUACACAACACCAUUUACAACAGCUAUAUAUGAAACAACAACGAUGAUGACAACUAUGAGAAGCCCCGUGUACAGUAAGUACGUGUGUGGUGUAAAAGGAACCUCCCGCGGACCGAUUCAAGCACGUAGUCUUGAAAGAGGAGCACGAGUUGUCGGAGGAGAGGAUGCAGAUGCUAAUGAAUGGUGUUGGCAGGUUGCCCUGAUUAAUUCCUUGAAUCAGUACCUCUGCGGUGGUGCACUCAUCGGCACGCAAUGGGUCUUGACAGCUGCACACUGUGUAACAAAUAUUGUACGAUCUGGGGAUGCGAUUUAUGUAAGGGUAGGUGAUCACGAUUUGACGAGAAAAUAUGGAAGUCCUGGUGCUCAAACUCUGCGAGUGGCAACCACUUACAUUCAUCAUAAUCAUAACAGUCAGACUCUUGAUAACGAUAUAGCGCUAUUAAAGCUUCAUGGACAAGCAGAGCUUAAAGAUGGUGUUUGUCUAGUAUGUUUACCUGCACGAGGGGUUAGUCAUACAGCUGGUAAACGAUGUACCGUCACUGGUUAUGGAUAUAUGGGAGAAGCUGGUCCUAUUCCGCUUCGAGUACGAGAAGCUGAGAUACCAAUUGUAAGCGACGCAGAAUGUAUACGUAAAGUGAAUGCCGUAACUGAAAAAAUUUUCAUUUUGCCAGCAAGUAGUUUUUGCGCUGGUGGCGAACAAGGAAACGAUGCAUGUCAGGGCGACGGUGGAGGUCCUUUAGUAUGUCAAGAUGACGGAUUCUACGAAUUAGCUGGACUGGUGUCAUGGGGUUUUGGUUGCGGAAGAUUGGAUGUUCCUGGAGUUUAUGUCAAAGUUUCGGCGUUCAUUGGUUGGAUCAACCAAAUUAUUUCCGUAAAUAAUCUUUAGCUUUUUUAUAUUCUAUUAAUAAAAGUUAAAGUAUUUAUUUAUUAAGGAAACAUUGUAGUACCUUUACGCGCUUGAUGACGUAACAUCAUUAUGUUACGUAUCCAGCAAAGAUAUCUAAGAAACAUCUUUUUAAAUAUUAUUUAAUUAUAUCAAUUAAAAUAUAUGAGGAGAAAGAAAAAUCUUUUUGACGCAUGAUAAGAAUGCAACAAUUCGUGCAAAGGAAUUUAACAUUGAAAAUGUUACGAUAAUCGUACUAUAAUUAUAAAUAUCGUAAUACUUGAUAAUUACCUUUAAUAAUUAAAGGUAACUAAAAAUUUGUUUUAGCAAUAUGGUUUUAUAUAACUAAUGCAGUAAACUUCCGUUUAUCCAAUUUUUUGAAUAUUUGAAUCACCACGCUUCAAACAUUGAAUUAUUUUCGCCAAAGGUAACAAAUACGUAUCUAUAAUUUUUUGUGAGCUUUAAAGUCAUAAAAUCUUGGUAAGUAAAAAUUACGUACUUUUGAAAUACGAAAAACAAACGUAAUUCUUAAAAUUUUAAUAUCAUGACAACAAGAUAUGAAUAAACAUUAUAUUUACUAGUUAUAUAUAAUAUAUUUUCUAAAUUUUAAUAAAUCUUGUUCCUGUAAUUAUUCAAACAUAAUUUUAUGAUAUAGGAAAAACGAAAGUUUAUUGUAUCUAUCAAUUAAAUAGAAUCUUUUAGAAUUUAAAUUUUAAUGUCAUUGGUAAAAUAUAUAUAAUAAAUAAGCUUAAUCUAUGAUUUCCUUCUGGUAAUUGUGCCAUCAAGUGCGUCAAUUUUAGAUGAAAAAAUGCUGUCUUAAUAAAGAUUCUUAGAUAAUAAUGAAGAUUAUACAAUAAAUUAUAAAAUUAUUGGUAGACAUAAAUUUACUCGAAAAACAUUAAUUAAAAGAUUAUAUAAAAGUACAAAAUACUCUAAUUUUGUAAAAUACUAAAUAUAAUGUAAAAAUACUAAACAUUAGUGUAUUAUUACAAUAAUACAUAUAUACGAUACAUAUGUUAAAUAUUAAUAAGAUACAUAAAACAGAUUUGAUUAUUGUAAUAAUUAUAACAACCUUCAGACAUUUCUUAUGAAUUUUGUCGAGUAUAGUCAGAGUGAUUAAAUAUAAAUCUUUUUACUAUCGCGCAUAAUAUAUGUCUGCAUAUAAUAUGCGUAGAACUACAUAUAUCAUUGUGUCAGUUGCUUGUCACAUAUUUUAAACGUUAGACAAAAUGUUAAUAAAAAGAUAAAACUUAUAAUUUUAAUUUUUUUUGUGUCUUUACCAACAAUUUUAUAAUUCAUUGUAUAUAUAUGAGUAUAUAUAUAUAUGUCAUUUAUUUGUAUUAAAUGACAUAUUAUAAAUGAAAGUCAAUUUCAUAGAAAUUAAAACGGUUUUGUUAAGGCCAAAAUAUAGUGAUAUUUAAUUACCAUAGUAGAGAAUAUAUAUAUAUAUUUAAUGUAAUUUUUUUAAUAAUAAUUUAUGUAAGACAUUGCAACUGAUAUAUGUAUGUAUGUAUGUUUAUUUUAUUAUUAUAUAUGUAUAUUCAUCAGUUUUGUUUUAUGAAAUUGGCUCUUUAUUUUAUAUAUAUGUUACGAGCGAAGGCUGCAAAACAUACAAAAUCGGUUUUGCACGGGCAAUGUCAGCAUUAUGCAACGCUGCCUGGCAAAGUCUGAAGAAAUAUUUGAAUACGGAAUAUAGUUCAAUAUAAUACGAACAAAAUUUACAUUGCUCACCACUGCGUGAACAGUGUCGGGAAUUAUUAUGUAUUUUGUGAAUUUUGCCAGACUUGAAAUGCACAUUGAGAAUAAUGAUAAAUCAGCGUGGGCAGCGCUACGCUAAGUUAUACCCGUUUUAUUAAUCUCAGUCACACCAUUCCUUUUGGAGCUAAAUAUCGGUAUUGGAUUAGGCAUAUAAAAAUCUCCGACUCGCAAUUCUUUCGCCAAUAACAUGGGAACGUACGCACGGAAAAAUACGCGCGAUAAUAGUUUUCGGCCGUAAUUGUGGUCCUAUGCACAAUCGGUGGAGUUGCUAGCCAGAAACUUUUAUAUAUUUAAUCCUAUACCGAUACUUCGUUUCAAAAGAAACGGUAUGACUGACGUGGGAUGAAUAAAACUGGAAAAACUUAACGCGACGUUAAUAAUAAUAGUUUCCGACAUUGUCCACUCAGUGGUGAAAUAGGUAAUCCUUGAACUUGGACCAUGUUCGUCAUUGAAUUAUUUCCCCUGACUUUGCCAGACAGCGAUGUGUGGUCUAUAAUGCUGAUAUAGCCCGAGCAAGGUCGACUUCGCCUGUAACAUACAUAUACAUACAUUGUUCAAUAUUUAUAUUAUGUAGAUUCAGUAUAUUUGGGGACAAUAUCAUAUUGCUUUGUACAUUAUUGCAUCACUCAUAAUGUAUUCUUCAAGUUAUAAUUAUAAGAAUGUUUUAUCGAUUUAAAAAAAGAGUGAAAAUAUUAAAUGUGAAUAUCAAAGUUAGUUAUUAAGUGCUUUAAAUCUAUAAAACAUUACUGUAAAACUUUAUUGUAAAAAAUCUUUUAUAAUUCAACGUAAAUAUUAUGUACCUUUAAAAGCUAGACAUUAUUACAAAUAUAAAUUUUUUAUUACAAGUUAAUAACAUAACUUGUUAUCGAAUCUAGAUGCAUAAGAAAAAAUUGCAGAAUUCGGAUUAGUUAUAUAUUUUUUGGUCUACAGUCUACAGUAGAAUUUAGGCUGAUAUAACUUAUUUUUAAUGUCAAUUAUUUUUCCACAAAUGCAAUAUAGGAAGAUAAAACAUUAACUUAUAAAAAUUGUAACAUCAGUCCGAUCGAAGCAAUUAGCUUCCCAAGAUGGAUCACUGGAUUAAUAUGUAAAAAUUACAAGUUAUUUUAAGGACAAAUAUAGAGAAAUUCAAAAUUUUAUAA